GCACGACAACAACAACCCAAAGAAUCGUCUGAAACGAAAGUGAAAUACUUUAAUUUAAACUGUCAUUUUCGAACUCGUCACGCCCGGUUUUCAUUCUGAUCCUGGAUCGGUCUGUGCGCUCGUCGUAGUGAGGUGUCAUUCCAGCGGAUCGCUUCAUAGGCUACUGGUCAACUCAUAUCGGAGCAGACAUGUCAGAAAUAGAUCAAAUCGACGAAGGGUUUUACUCCAGACAGCUGUAUGUUCUGGGUCACGAGGCGAUGCGCCGGAUGGCCAGAGCCGACGUCCUCAUUGCAGGUAUGCGUGGUCUUGGCGUAGAAAUUGCCAAAAAUGUGAUCCUGUCCGGAGUGAAGUCUGUCACCGUCCAGGAUGAAGGCCAGGUGGUGUGGACAGACCUGUCCUCCCAGUUUUUCCUGAAGGAAUCCCAUCUUGGUCAAAAUCGAGCCACAUGUUCCCUCCAACAGCUGUCUGCUCUGAACCCAGGUGUGCGUGUGUCGGCCAGCACUGAACCCCUGGAUGAGGAGCUGCUUCUGCAGUUUCAGGUGGUGGUGCUCACUGGCUCCUCACUGAGUGAUCAGAAGUGUUUUAAUGAGUUCUGCCAUUUGAAUGGAAUCAAGUUCAUUGUAGCAGACACCAAAGGCCUCUGUGGUCAGCUGUUCUGUGACUUUGGGAAGGAGUUUGAGGUCUUGGACCAGGAUGGGGAGAAGCCGGCAACAGCGAUGAUACAAAGUGUCUCUCAGGCGAAUCCUGGAGUGGUGUUGUUCACAGAUGACCGGCAGAGUACAUUUUCAGAUGGUUCUAAAGUGUCCUUCUCUGAAGUCCGAGGCAUGACGGAGCUCAACAGCAUCGACCCUGUGGACAUCAAAGACUGUGGCAAAUACUCCUUCAGCAUUGGGGAUACUUCAGCAUUUUCUCAGUAUGAACGGGGCGGAGUAGUGACUGAAGUUAAGCAGCCCUGCGUCCUAACCUUUAAAACACUGAAUGAAGCUCUACUGGACCACACGCUGCUGAAAAUGAAUGACUAUGGAAAGAUUCAUAGGCACCGUACCCUGCACUUGGCCUUCCAGGCCCUCCACGGCUUUGUAGAGAAAGAGCAGCGACUCCCUGGUCCUCGGUCUCAGUCAGAUGCAGAUGCUCUUCUUGCCAUAGUGGGAAAGCUGAAUACAGUCACACAGCUGGAACAGCUGGAUGAAGCUGCUGUGAGAACCUUUUCCUACACAGCCCGGGGGGACUUGGCUCCUAUCAAUGCUUUCAUUGGAGGCCUUGCAGCUCAAGAAGUUAUUAAGGCAUGUUCUAGGAAAUAUACGCCUCUUAACCAGUGGCUAUAUUUUGAUGCACUGGAGUGCCUCCCUGAAGAAGAGGACGAGCUGACAGAGGCAACCCUUUCAGCAAAAGGCACGAGAUAUGAUGGACAGAUUGCCGUAUUUGGGCCGGCGUUCCAGGAGAAGCUUGAAAGGCAGAAGUAUUUCCUGGUUGGAGCUGGUGCCAUCGGAUGUGAGCUUUUUAAGAACUUUGCCCUCAUGGGGCUCGGUGCCGGAGAAGAAGGCCGAAUCACCGUAACAGACAUGGACUUCAUAGAAAGAUCCAACUUGAACCGACAGUUCCUGUUCAGGUCUCAGGAUAUUGGGAAACCAAAAUCCGAAGUUGCAGCCAGAGCAGUGCGUGAGAUGAACCCACAGAUGAACAUCACCGCUCACCAGGACCGCCUGGACCCCGGCAGCGAAGGAGUGUAUGAUUACGACUUCUUCAUGGGUCUCGAUGGAGUGGCUGCAGCCCUUGAUAAUAUGGAAGCCAGGGUCUAUCUUGAUGGACGCUGCGUUCAACACCAGAAAGCAUUGCUGGAGGGAGGAACUUCAGGAUUACAGGGUCAUACUCUGGUGGUGGUGCCUAACCUGACAAAGUCUUAUGGCCGAGACACAUCCAGUUCUAAUGAAGGCAUCCCACUGUGCACUCUCAAGAACUUCCCUCACCGCAUUGAGCACACCCUGCAGUGGGCCAGAGACCAGUUCGAAGGGCUUUUCAAACAAACACCUGCAAAUGUGAAUCUGUUCUGGAGCGAUAAAGGGUUUGUGGAGCGGACGCUUGGCCUCGGCGACGCUGAGGCCCUGGAGGUUCUUGGGGGUCUGUGGAGCAGCCUGGAGGACAUGGAAGCUGGAGGACAACGCCCAAGGAGCUGGGAAGACUGUGUGAGCUGGGCCCGUUGCCAAUGGGAGACUCUCUAUAACAACGAUAUCCGCCAGCUUCUGCACUGCUUCCCUCCUAAAGCGGUGACUGCUGCUGGUCUAUCCUUCUGGACUGGUUCCAAGAUAUGCCCUCACCCACUGACCUUUGACCCCUAUAAUACUACCCAUAUGGAGUAUGUUGUGGCAGCAGCUAAUCUGUACGGGCAGAUCUUCGGAAUCAGCGGGACAAGAGACCGCGCUUCUGUCAAAGAAACCUUAGAAAGAGUCCACGUACCAUAUUUCACUCCGAAGUCCUCCGUGAAGAUUCAUCUCACUGACAAGGAGAUGGAGGAGGAGAAACAAGAGGACAGAGAUGACGCCGAGAAAGCCAGACUUGAGGAGUUGAGAAGGAAGUUGGCCUCACCAUCUCUGAAAAGCUCAUUCAUGCAGAUGAAGCCCACCGACUUUGAGAAGGAUGACGACAGUAACUUCCACAUGGACUACAUUGUCGCUGCUUCUAACCUGAGGGCGGAGAACUAUGACAUCCCUGCAGCUGAUCGGCACAAGAGUAAGGGCAUAGCUGGAAGCAUCAUCCCAGCCAUCGCUACCACCACGGCCGCAGUGGCAGGCCUGAUGUGCCUGGAGCUGUAUAAACUGGUGCAGGGUCACCAGAAGAUCAGCUCUUACCGCACAGCUUAUAUGUACCUGCCAGUCACGCACAUUGUGUUUGCCCAACCGACCCAGGCCAAGACCUUUGAAGUCGGAGAAAAGAAAUACACCCUGUGGGAUAACUUCCUUGUUGUGGGCAAACCCAACGGUCAGCAGGAAAUGACCUUGAGAGAACUGAUCCGGUAUAUCUUGGAUGAAUAUAGCUUGAGCAUCUGUGAGCUCUACUAUGGACCAGCUAUCGUAUACAUGGGGCAAGAAGAGAGGCUCCAGCUGAGUGUGUCUGAGGUUGUGAGGACGUUCGCCAAGGCAGAGAUCCCUCCACACAAGAAGAUGCUGGAGUUGAUCCCCUCGUUUACUGAAGAUGAGGAGUGUGACACAGUGCCGCCUAUCAGAUACAUGCUCUAGUGAUGCCACCAAUACAGAGUUUCCAUUGAAAAGGCAUCACAUAGAACAGUUUCAUUGUGACAAAGCUAACACUCCGAACACUCAGGUGACUUCAUAUCAGCUAAAAACAUCCUCAUUUUGUUUAUUCAGCUGUGGUUUACAAAUGAUUUGUUCCAGCAUCUAUCUUUUUCUUCUACAACUAUUUCUUAAUUAUUUUACUGGUGUACUGGGAUCAUUUGUUUAUUAUUAAUAAUCAUGUAAUGUGAAAAAUAUUAUUAUACUAUUUUUUGGGAUUUAACAGCAAAAGCAUACAUUUAAUGUCCUUACUAUUAUUACCAGCAAUUUCCAUUUGCCAACUUUUGGUUCUCAUUUUAAAAGUAAAAUGUGUCUUUCGAGAGGUCAGGCUAAGAGGUUGUGAAGAUGCCUGACACGGCAUAAGGAUUAGAUGAAGCUGGAGCUGCUGGGUCAGUACUGGCUUGGUUUCAAGGUUUAAUUCAGGUCAGACUGAGCUCCAUGUUGAAGGAGUGCAGUCAGAACAGGCCCUUGGCACAGUAGGUACAGUGCUUUGAUGGUUUGGGGGUGCUCUAACCAUCUGGACACUACAAACACACGAGCAUCCCCCCUCCUUCCCAGAAGAAGCCCAGAGCUGGUCAGUGUGGAGAAGCCAGUGGCAUGUGCUUUUCCAGUUGCCUGUAUUUCACUGACAUUAUUACUACAACUACUUAAAAGGUUAUCUUUUCACUGUGUACUCGGUGUGUGAGGAUGGUGUUUGUAAUGCAUAUAAUAAUUCAAUAAAUGUGUCUACGAGGAA